GACAAGGGUCUGCACAAAACUUAUAUACCCUAUCUACCCAUUUCAAUGAGUACAUUUUUUUGAUUUUUUGAUAUAAAAAGCCAGGCGUAUUGAAAGAUUUAAAUGAGUAUAGCAAAAAUGUCUGGGCAAUACGUGUGUCUUCUGCAGUUCUUUGGAUUGGUCGCCAUAUGUAUGACAUAUAAAUUGCAUCCCGUUAUAACGCCUGAUAUACCAUCGAACACGAACCUUACAACGGCUCCAUUCGUUAGGAUCGCUUACGGAUUUUACUUUUUCGAGGUGAACAAACAGAAAAACUGGUUCGAUUCUUACCAAACGUGUCGUUGCAUGGACGCUGAGUUGAUAUCGAUCGAAACGAUCGACGAAUGGUAUGAAAUUAAUCGAUAUAUACGCGCAAUGAAUAUAGAACAUUUAUAUUGGACUUCGGGCACGGAUCUGGCCAAAGAGGGUGCGCACAUUUGGUUUGCGAACGGACAACCCAUCAAUAUAGAUAUCUGGGCCAAGGGACAGCCCGAUAAUGCAGGCAAAUCAGAGCACUGUCACGAGUUGGGAUGGAAAACAAAUCAUACGAGCGGGUUAAACGAUCGCCCAUGUACUUUUCCCAGUCGCUACAUUUGCGAAGCAAGACAACCAAUAACUGCCUCAUUUGUUAUUUGGUAAUGAUUGGACUAUAAAGAUCAUUUAUAUAAAGAAUUGCAUGUGAAUAGCCUUGUACAUCUGUCUACUUCCAUGCGAACUAUUUUAGCAGUGUUAAAGGCAUAUGUCGGAGCUGGCCGGAUCAGACCACUAUAUCAUAAAGCUGCCAUAGGAACGAUCGAUUAUCAAAUUAUUUUUACCAGUCCUGGCAUUUACUAAAAAUACAGCUAUUAUAUAGCACUAAUGGAAUAAUCAGUAGAAAAAUGAGUUUUUGUAUGGCAAAUAAUUCGUUUUCCAAGUUUUACCAAACUAUUCACCACUAUUCCCACAUAGCUGCAAAACCGUAAGACAAACGUCAACAAGGGUAUAAAAUCAUAU